UUUGGACCAGGGGGUGCAGGAUUUGGACCUGGCGGUGCAGGAGUUGGACCUGGUGGUGCAGGAGUUGGACCUGGCGGUGCAGGAGUUGGACCUGGUGGUGCAGGAGUUGGACCAGGGGGUGCAGGAUUUGGACCUGGUGGUGCAGGAGUUGGACCAGGGGGUGCAGGAUUUGGGCCUAGUGGUGCAGGAUUUGGACCUGGCGGUGCAGGAGUUGGACCUGGUGGUGCAGGAGUUGGACCUGGCGGUGCAGGAGUUGGACCUGGUGGUGCAGGAGUUGGACCUGGAGGAACUCUUCCAGGUGGAGCUCCGUUAUUACCUCAGACUGGUGCAGGAGCCGGAGGAAAAAGUGGUGGUAAAGCAUCCAAGCAAGUUCCAGGCAUCGGCGUACCUGGACUUUAUCAGGGUGGAUUUGUUCCAGGUCAAGGUUUUGGAGGCCGAGGGGUUCUCCCUGGAGUAGUCACUGGUUCUGGAAUUGGGCCUCAAACUGGAACUGGAGUACUUGGUCAAGGCGGGGUAGGACAAGGAAGCAAUGGUCGAGGACAAACAUUAUCUGGAGUUUUUCAUGGUUACCCUCUAAUAUCACCAAAAUCAGGGACAGGAAAAUCAAAGAAGCCAGGAAAAGCUGCAGCCAAAUAUGGUGGUGCUGGAGCUGGAGGAGGCCAUCUUGGUCAGGGAGGUGCCUUAGGCACUGGAGGUCUUCCUGGAGGUGGCACAGGUAUUGUUCCUGGAGCAGGAAGUGGAACUGGAACAGGAGUCGUACCAGGUGGAGUCGGACCAGGUGGAGUCAGACCAGGUGGAGUCGGACCAGGUGGCGUCGGACCAGGUGGCGUCGGACCAGGUGGCGUCGGACCAGGCGGCGUCGGGCCAGGCGGCGUCGGACCAGGUGGAGUUGGACCAGGUGGAGUCAGGCCAGGUGGAAUCGGACCAGGUGGCGUCGGACCAGGCGGCGUCGGACCAGGUGGCAUCGGACCAGGUGGCAUCGGACCAGGUGGCGUCGGACCAGGCGGCGUCGGACCAGGCGGCGUCGGACCAGGUGGCAUCGGACCAGGUGGCGUCGGACCAGGCGGCGUCGGGCCAGGUGGCGUCGGACCAGGUGGAGUUGGAACAGGUUAUGGUCCUGGCUCAGCAAAAGCACGCAAAUAUGGUCCUGGAACUGGAGUUGGUCCCAGCACAGCAGGGGGCGGUCUAGGAGGACAGCUAGGAGGAGGACUUGGCCAGGGUACAGGGUUGGGGCCUGGAUAUGUACCUGGGGGAAUUGGACCUGGAGCAGUUGGACCAGGUGGAGUCAGACCAGGUGGUGCUGGGACUGGUUAUGGAUCAGGAGGAGUUGUACCUGGUGGUGCAGGGACUGGAUAUGGAUCUGGUGGUGUUGGACCAGGUGGUGCUGGGACUGGAUAUGGACCUGGAGGUGUUGGACCAGGUGGUGCUGGGACUGGAUAUGGACCUGGAGGUGUUGGACCAGGUGGUGCUGGGACUGGAUAUGGACCUGGAGGUGUUGGACCAGGUGGUGCUGGGACUGGAUAUGGACCUGGAGGUGUUGGACCAGGUGGUGCUGGGACUGGAUAUGGACCUGGUGGUGUUGGACCAGGUGGUGCUGGGACUGGAUAUGGACCUGGUGGUGUUGGACCAGGUGGUGCUGGGACUGGAUAUGGACCUGGAGGUGUUGGACCAGGUGGUGCUGGGACUGGAUAUGGACCUGGAGGUGUUGGACCAGGUGGUGCUGGGACUGGAUAUGGACCUGGAGGUGUUGGACCAGGUGGUGCUGGGACUGGAUAUGGACCUGGUGGUGUUGGACCAGGUGGUGCUGGGAUUGGAUAUGGACAAGGAGGAACUGGCACUGGAACAGGAACUGGGGGAUAUGAUGCCAGUGCCAAAGCUCGUAAAUAUGGCAUGCUAAGUGGAGCACUUGGAGGACCAGGAUUAGGACCAGCUGGAGUUGGGCCGGCUGGAGUUGGUCCAGGUGGCGCUGGUACAGGAUAUGGGCCAGGAAGAGUUGUACCUGGUGGUGUUGGCACUGGUGGCGCUGGGACUGGUUAUGGACCUGGGGGAGUGGGAUCUGGUGGUGUUGUACCAGGUGGUGCUGGGACUGGUUAUGGACCUGGAGGAACUGGCACUGGAACAGGAACUGGGGGAUAUGAUGCCAGUGCCAAAGCUCGUAAAUAUGGCAUGCUAAGUGGAGCACUUGGAGGACCAGGAUUAGGACCAGCUGGAGUUGGGCCGGCUGGAGUUGGUCCAGGUGGCGCUGGUACAGGAUAUGGGCCAGGAAGAGUUGUACCUGGUGGUGUUGGCACUGGUGGUGCUGGGACUGGAUAUGGACCUAGUGGUGUUGGACCAGGUGGUGCUGGAACUGGAUAUGGGCCUGGUGGUGUAGGACCAAGUGGUGCUGGGACUGGAUAUGGGCCUGGUGGUGUUGGACCAGGUGGUGCUGGGACUGGAUAUGGACCUGGUGGUGUUGGACCAGGUGGUGCUGGGAUUGGAUAUGGACAAGGAGGAACUGGCACUGGAACAGGAACUGGGGGAUAUGAUGCCAGUGCCAAAGCUCGUAAAUAUGGCAUGCUAAGUGGAGCACUUGGAGGACCAGGAUUAGGACCAGCUGGAGUUGGGCCGGCUGGAGUUGGUCCAGGUGGCGCUGGUACAGGAUAUGGGCCAGGAAGAGUUGUACCUGGUGGUGUUGGCACCGGUGGUGCUGGGACUGGAUAUGGUCCUGGAGGUGUUGUACCAGGUGGUGCUGGUACUGGCUAUGGACCUGGUGGCAUUGGCCCUGGUGGAGCCGGUACAGGCUAUGGACCUGGUGGUGUUGGCCCUGGUGGAGCCGGUACAGGCUAUGGACCUGGUGGUGUUGGCCCUGGUGGAGCUGGUACUGGCUAUGGACCUGGUGGUGUUGGCACUGGUGGUGCUGGGACUGGAUAUGGUCCUGGAGGUGUUGGACCAGGUGGUGCUGGUACUGGCUAUGGACCUGGUGGUGUUGGCCCUGGUGGAGCCGGUACAGGCUAUGGACCUGGUGGUGUUGGCCCUGGUGGAGCUGGUACUGGCUAUGGACCUGGUGGUGUUGGCCCUGGUGGAGCCGGUACAGGCUAUGGACCUGGUGGUGUUGGCCCUGGUGGAGCUGGUACAGGCUAUGGACCCGGAGGAUAUCCUGGUGGUGCAAAGUCUCUCAAAUAUGGACUUCCUGGUGGAGGAGGAUCUCCUGGAUCUGGAUUUGGGGGACCAGGAACUGGAGCAGCUCUUGGUGUUGGCAGAGGUUAUGGACCUGGAAGUGGCUCAGUAGCUGGAACUGGUUAUGUGCCAGGAGGAGGUUAUGGUGUAGGCCCGGGAGCUGGAUAUGGGACAGGUUACGGGCCUGGAUCUAAACCUUCUAAAUACGGUCAAGUUGGAACAGGUGGUGGCGGAGUGCUUGGAGGGGGAGCCGGAAGAGGUGGCCUUGGACCUGGAUCUGGCAGUCAAGGCACUGGAACAGCAGGGAGUAAAGCAGCUAAGUUUGGCCAGACAGGCGCUGUAGUACCUGGGGUUGGAGCAGGAACCAGUGCUGAUGCAAAUGGAACCGUCAGUGGUGCAAGACCAACACCUCAACCUGGUGAAGGUAGACCUGGAUCUCCAGAUAGCACAUCAACACCAGCAGGAGAAGGUGAUGGUGGUGCUAGCACUACGUUAGAGGGCUCUGGGAUUCCUGGAGAUGCAGGACAAACUGGUGUAGGUGGAAGACCACUGGGAGGAGAGGGAGAUAGUGCAAAUGGAACCAGUAUCCCCAUCAUUGGAGCAGCACCAGCAGGUGGUUCACCUGUACAAACAGAUGGAGGAACAGGAGUUGGUGGAACAGGACUUCCCCCUGGAGGUCCUGGAGGUGAUCUCUCUGGGGGAGGACUUCAGCAAGUCAGUCCUCUCAAACCUCCAGGUGUUCCUAGAGGCGACACACCAGGUGAGGGAGAUGGGGAAGGAGGUCCUGAUGGAGAAAGAGAUGGAAGGCCCGGGAGUCCGGCCGGCGCCGGGGGAACCAGAAACAUUUCUGGAACACAAACAGGAGUGGGAAGAGGUGGCAGUCCAUCCACUGGAAGUGAAAUGGGACCAGCAGGAGGAACAGCGAAACCACCUCAAGGUGUUGGACCAGGUGGAGUCGGUGGGGUGGCAGGAGUUGGGAGGGUACCCGGAGCUGGUGGGGUAGCAACAGAUGUUGUAAAACCUGGAAAAAGCUACGGAGCAAAUGGAGUUUUACCAGGUGGAGGUCCACGCUACCCUGGUGCUGGCGGCUAUGGUACCGGUACAGGAGGUUUUGGUGUAGGUCCAGGUGGAUAUGGUACUGGGUCUGGUGGAUUUGGGAGACCCAUUGGAGGUUCUGGCAGUGUUGGGACUCCUGGGGUUGGAACAGGCCCUGGAGGUGUAGCACCAGGCUCAGGUAGCGUCAGCACUGGACUGGGUGGAUAUGGUGGUGGCAUCAGACCUGAUGGUUCUAGAUAUGGCACCGGUUACGGACCUGGGAAACCCCCAAAAAGUUAUGGAGCUGGAGCUGGCCUUGGCAGCUAUGGAACUGGAUCAGGGGGAGUUGGUGCAGGUGGCUUGGUGCCUGGUGGUGGUUACGGAUCCAGCGGUACUGGUCAAGGAGGACUUGGCCCUGGCUCUGUUGGCACAGGACUGGGAGGUGUUGGAACCAGACCAGGUGCCUUUGGUGGUGUUGGUACUGGUGGAGUAGGGCCUAUUCCUGGUGUAUAUACUGGAGGUCAAGGACUGGGAUCAAGAAAACCGUCAAAAACAGGCUAUGGAACAUCGCUGGGUGGAACUGGAUAUGGACAAGGUGCAGGAGUUGGAGCCGGUGGAGCAGGAACUGGACCUGGCAGAUAUGGACCUGGUUCUUUUGGGACUGGAGGAGUCGCACCUGGUGGAGCUGGGACUGGAACUGGAGGCUUUGGACCUGGUGGUGCUGGAACUGGGGGCUUUGGCCCUGCUGGUGCUGGAACUGGAGGCUUUGGACCUGGUGGUGCUGGAACUGGGGGCUUUGGCCCUGCUAGUGCUGGAACUGGGGGAUUUGGCCCUGCUAGUGCUGGAACUGGGGGAUUUGGCCCUGCUGGUGCUGGAACUGGAGGCUUUGGACCUGGUGGUGCUGGAACUGGGGGCUUUGGCCCUGCUGGUGCUGGAACUGGGGGCUUUGGACCUGCUGGUGCUGGAACUGGGGGCUUUGGCCCUGCUGGUGCUGGAACUGGGGGAUUUGGCCCUGCUGGUGCUGGAACUGGGGGCUUUGGACCUGCUGGUGCUGGAACUGGGGGAUUUGGACCUGGUGGUGCUGGAACUGGGGGCUUUGGACCUGGUGGUCAAGGACUUGGAAAAAGGAAACCUAAAUCUGGUUAUGGAGGAACUGGUUAUGGACCAGGAGGCUCAGGAGGAGCCGGUCUUGGUGGAACUGGAGCCAGACCUGGAGGAUAUGGCACAGGUGGCACUGGGGGUGCUGGAUCUACUGGUUUUGGUCCUGGAGGAGCCGGAGGAGGCAGCUUCGGUCCUGGUGGCGAAGCACUUGGAUCAAGAAAGUCUGGAUAUGGUUCAACUUUGGGUGCAACUGGAUAUGGACAAGGAGUCGGAAGCCGUCCAGGUGCAGGAGGCGCUGGAGGAGGUCAAACAGUUGGAGGAGUAGGCGGUCUACCAGGAGGGGGAGCUGUGCCUGGAUAUGGCGGAGUGGCAGGAGGAGGCUAUCCAGGAUAUGCAGGGACAGGACAAAAAUCCAAAGCGCAGAAGGCAGCGAAAUAUGCAGCCAUGCAGGGCUUCCUUGGAACUGGAGGCUACAGAGGUGGAGGCUGUCAGGGUAACUACUGUGGCCGAAGGAGGAAGUGAGAGACCGACAGACAGGAAAUGACCUCAUUGAAACAACAGUGGUGCUAUAGCAUGAUUACAGAAUGUCUUAGCUGGUUUAGAAACUAAGGCCUUAACACGUUCAAAAAGCUAUAUUUCUAUUAAUUUUUCUGAAUAUUUCUUAAAAUCAUCCUUCUGUUGUAGACGAGUUUAAUUUAACAAUGUAUUUACAUUGGUUUUCUACAAGAAAAGAAGAGAAAUUGGAGAAAACAAUUUAUUAUAAAGUCUGUCUAGGCUGAGAAUCCAAAACAACGAGUCACAUUUUAUGACCAAGCUGUUUAAUAUAAUGUUUUGUUCAUAGACGCUGUUAGAUAUGAAUUGCAAUAUUGUUUAUUAUGACGUUUUGGGGCAGAUCCUUCAGCUCUGUCUGCAUGCUGACGCACUGUUAAAAGAUACUAUUCAAUAAAAUUGCCUUAAUACACUAACACUGAAUUUAUCUUUAGUUUCACAUUUGUCAAAGCCGCUUUUAACCCAAACAUUUUGGACUGAUCUACAAGCUUUCAGUAGAUAAAAUACAAACAUUUAUAUUCUUGUGGAAGGAAGAAUAACAGCUUUAAUGUUCUUCCUAUAAUCCUUGAAAAGAUUUUAUUUGUGUCACUGUAUUCACACCUCAGGACCUGCAGAUUUUAACACUUCUUACAAAGCAACAAAGAAUUUUUAAUGUAAAAUUCUAGUUAAUGUGUUUGUAUUUGUACAGUAAGGAUGUUGUAUUGUUACAGAAAGUGACAAUGUGACUUUCUGUCAGAUUUUUUUAUGUGACAUUGAUCAAAUCUAACUAAAUAUGAAAUAUGAGGAAAAAGGAUGACGACUUCUAACUACUUUUCAUUCUUGUCUUUUAACACUGUUGGAAAAAAAUGAGCUCACACUUAUUAGUAUUUUUAAAUUAUGCAAAUAAAUGUAUUUGAACACCUCUUUUAUUUGCCUACAUCUUGUAAGUGGGUGUUUUGAAACAUGUCUUACACCUUCAUAAAUAGAUGUGUUUUCUACAUUGUCCCUAGGAAUCAAGAUAAUUUUAAAAUCUUAAUGUAAAUGAAAAUUUCUAUCCUGUAGCUUGACAUGUGUUUAACAUUUGUUUUGUUUGUUUUGCCUAUGAAGAAAAUUAUGAGCUUUUGUACAUUGUCUCCGGAAGUAAAGAGAAGAACAAUAAAGUCUGGUUCUAAUA